AUGGACUUAACGAGCCGAAUUGUUCUUAUUAUUCAAAUUCUCACAGGUAAAUUUUAAUUUUAAGUACAUUAUUUUUCUAAAGGCAGGCUAAGAUUCACAUAUAAAGUUGAAAUUAGAAAGUGGAUAUUUUUUCGGAUACUAAAUUUUUUAGAACAAAAUGUUUAUGUAAGAGAAUGAAAAACAGGUAAAAGCAGAAAACAAUAAAUCAAAAGUUAAGAAAUUUUCAAAUACGUAAAAUCAGCAAUAAGGUAUCAAUUUUCUUGAAAAUUCUAGAAUUGUUAUUCAUUUUUUACGUGAGUGGGUGAAUAAUUUUUCUAGGCUUAUAGAAAAAAUCCUUUUCACACUUUCACGUGUAUCAACAUUUUUUAGUGUCUGCGAUUGUGAGAGAUACACGAAUACCCGACCAGAAAAUUGCCACAGAAUCCAAAAUGUUCGAAAUCGACAAGACAAAACUGCAGCACUAUUGGCAAUAUGCAACUGCAAAUGCUUUAAUCAAGGUUUGUUCUAUCAUAAAUUAAAAAACAACAUUCUUGUGAAUUUCAAAGCAUCAAACAUUAUUUCCGGAGUUAUCUAAUUCAGCAUUGUUAAUAGUUGAAAACACCCAAGCCUCAUUAAUUUUUCAAACCUAUUCAUUUCCUGCUUUACUUUUUUCUGAACAACAUAAAUCCUCAUAAAAAGUUUGCAUUUCUCUAAAAACUGGUUCUAGCUGUUUUUCAAAGAUACAUUAUACUUUUUUUAGUCACAUACACGGUAUGUUCUUCAAAGUUUGCCAAAAAUCGAGAGAAUUGUAUUCGAGCAAUGUGCAAGAGAUGCGAAAACAGUGAUACAAAUGUCAAAAUGCGCUGUCCGCGUGUUUGAUGCAAAACAAAAUGCAGAACUAUUCAAAACUACUACAACUACAACUACACAAAAACCAAUGUUUAACAGUCGAUUUUAUAUUCGACCACAUAUUAAGAAAAUUCAAGUUGCUCCAGCUAAACAAACUCAUGAAAUCGGAGAAAAUAGAGGCAUUUAUUAUUAUAGCUCAAGUCAAAAUCGAUGGGUACAAAAUCCAAUUCGACGACAAUCUAGAAAUCGGAUUAAACGAAACAGUGAUGAUGAAAUUAUGAAUGCUUAUGAAAUGUUUCUUGCUGAACAACGGAAAUUGAAAAAAAUGGAAACAAGAUUGCAUUCUGCUACAACUCUCGAACCAAUGAGAAAUUCUUUUGGAAUUCUUCGACACAUGAAAAUGAAUGAUACAAUCAAACAUCGAAAAAAACGAGGAAUCGAUGAAAAAGUUCAAGAAGAUGACAAGAUAGCUGAUUUUAAGCCAAGUAUAGACUUUAAAAAAUUAGCUGCGAAAUAUUUUCAACAUCUCGUUUGUGAGUUAAUAACCCGUUAUGUACAUAUAUCCAUAAUUUUUUCACAUUUUUUUAGCUGGUGGUGGUUCUCGGAAUCAUCUUGACAAUAUUCGUCGAAUUCGAAAUCAUUAUCUUCGUGUUGAAAAAUGCAAUGGCUAUUUCAAAUUAAUGAACGAUGAAAACAGAAAGUAAGUUUUUUCAACAGUUUUUUCCACAUGUCAUUGAAAUGUAUGCACUUUGGUUCAUUUCGAAAAUCCACUUUAAAAAAGUGUGAGAGUCAGGUUUUGGAUUAAAUGUGAUUAUUUUAAAAACCAGUUAUUUCAACUCAAAAUGAUGGUCAUUUAAAAGUUUGAGUUAGCCGAGAAUUGACAACCAAUGAACUUUGAUGGGAUAAUAGUGAUAUGAGGCUUUUGACUAGUUUUUUUUUGAAAUUUUAAUUGUGAAGAGUUUUUUGAAGAGAAAAAUGGCAUUUUGAAAAUUGAUAGCUUUCAUGAGGAAAGUACAACAAUUAUGAACGGUUGAUUGAUUGCGAAUGUGUUAUUUUGGUGGGAAAGUUGAGAAUGAAAUGAAAAAUUUUGAAACUGCAUAUGUUACAAACAUAUAAACAAUUAUCAAAAAAAUAAUUUUAUUAUGAAGACUACAAAUGUAUUUUCAGAUUAUUCGAUGAGAUGAAUCUUGGGAUUAACAGCAAAACUCCAACAGUCAGAAAUGAUGAAGAUGGUUUUGAACAAAUCUUACAAAUUAUUAAUCAAUUUUCGGUAAUGACAUAUGUAUUUCAAAGUUUUUUCUGUAGCUCUUUUUUUUUCAGGCUACGGAGUUGUCCCAUGAAAAAUUUUCAUUUUUAUCACCUCGGAUUUUAUCAAUUAUGCCGGAAGGCAAAAAACGAAAUCAUCUACUAUCUCCAACAAUUUUAUCUUUUCAAAAAGAUGGAUUUUUCUCACUUCCGGAUUUAUUUACCGUUAGUUUACCCCAAGUUUUCAGAAAAUUCUCAAAAUUUCAAUCUUCAGAUUGUUUCUUCAAACCAACGAUACAAUCAAUUGAUGCUGGAAGGAAUUAUGGAUCUCAGUGGAGCUGGUGAAGCUGUAGAACAGCUUCUGACAAAAAUCGAACCAGAUAUGAAAUAUAUGGAGGAAGUUCAAUACCCAAUGGUUCAAAAAAUGUCGCGACAAGAUAUUAAUUGGCUUCGAGCAAAAGAUACGUUCACACCGGAACAAAAUUUUGAAUAUCAAAAAUACGGUUUUGCUCAUCUUAAUGAGGAUCAAAUUCGUUUGAUUUACUCGGAAAAUCCAGGAUUAUAUUUGGGUAUUGCGAAUUUGACAAGAGAUGAACGAGAGGCACGAAUUGAGAAAGAAAUUCGGAAAUUGGCUGCUGAAGGAAGGCCACAAUGGCCCUUUUGGAAUUCUCGGGUGAAAAGAGCAACUGAAGAAGGUGGAGAAGCUGGAGGACAUGGUAAUAUCAUAAAUUAUCCCGAAGGAGAAGAGAUCAAUGGUGUAGAAUAUAUGGUUUUGAAGGUAAUUUUGAAAUUGAUUUCGUUAAUAUUCACAUGGGUUUUGAUUAUUCUGAAACUUUAUACAUACAUUAUUUUCAGCCACAUGCAUUCGCAAAUUUGGUAAAUUUCGGUGUUUCGAUGGAAGCAAUGAUACUUUCACCACACGCCUUCAUUUCGGAAAUAAUGCGACCAGAAGCCUUGAAACUCGAUGUCUUAUCACCUCGAGCAUUUGUCGCUACAGUACUCUCACCAUCUGCUCUAAUUGCUCGAAUUCUCUCACCAACAGCAUUUCGAGCAGAAGUUUUGUCACCUCGAGCAUUAACAGCUUGGGUUUUAUCGCCUGAAGCAUUAGUCGCUGAAGUAUUAUCACCAAGAUUUUUAGAACCCAGGGUUCUUUCUCCAGAAGCACUUGUUAUCGAUGUAUUGAGUCCAGGUAUUCUAGCACCUCAUGUGAUGUCUAGUGAGACUAUUGGAGUUAUGGUUUUGAGCCCGAAUAUUUUAUCACCACGUAUUGCAAGUGAUGAAAAAUUUUUGGUUGAGGUGAGUUCAAAAUGAAAAAAAUAUUUUGGAAGUUCAGAGUUUGAGAAGUUGAACAAUGAUAAUGCUUUCAGAUCUUGUCUCCACAUAUUCUUGGUGGUCCUCACAGUGAAGAAGAAGAAGAACACGGUGUUCUUGAAGUCGGUGAUGGUGGUCUCGGUCACGAAGGUCAUAAUCACCCACCAGGUCGAAACAGCGGUCACAUCAAUUCUCCCGCUUCUCAACAUUCUCAUGAUCACGGCCACGGCCACGAAGCUGCUCAAGGUAUCCGAAUGGCGUCUCACGACCAAGUUGCCCGGCCACCAAAUCCAUUCUAA